CAACCGCUCGUGAUUUCGUGACUAUCACAUGAUCAACAACACUGGAAGAUGGCGCAUACAAUCAAAGUAAAUUCUCUCCACCAACCUCUUAAUGAAAUUGCAGCUAGAAAUACUCAUAAAUUAGCUGUAACGAGAGAUUAUGUUUCUCAACCAAGGCUAACAUACAAAACAGUGUCCGGUGUGAAUGGACCAUUAGUAAUCUUAGACAAUGUCAAAUUUCCCAAGUUUGCUGAAAUUGUUAAUUUGGUUCUUGCUGAUGGAACCCAAAGAUCUGGACAGGUGCUUGAAGUCAUGGGAUCUAAAGCUGUUGUCCAGGUAUUUGAAGGAACAUCUGGUAUUGAUGCUAAACAUACACAGUGUGAGUUCACUGGUGACAUCUUGAGAAUGCCUGUCUCUGAGGACAUGUCAGGUAGAAUAUUUAAUGGAUCUGGUAAGCCUAUUGACAAUGGUCCUGCUGUGUUGGCUGAAGAUUUCUUGGACAUUCAAGGUCAACCCAUCAAUCCAUGGUCUCGUAUCUACCCUGAGGAGAUGAUUGAGACUGGUAUUUCAGCCAUUGACACUAUGAACAGUAUAGCCAGAGGUCAAAAGAUUCCCAUCUUCUCUGCGGCUGGUCUGCCUCACAAUGAGAUUGCUGCUCAGAUCUGUAGGCAAGCAGGUCUUGUCAAGUUACCCGGAAAAAGUGUCAUGGACAGCCAUGAGGAUAACUUUGCCAUUGUGUUUGCUGCUAUGGGGGUUAACAUGGAAGCUGCCAGGUUUUUCAAGCAAGAUUUUGAGGAAAAUGGAUCUAUGGAAAAUGUGUCAUUGUUUUUGAAUUUAGCAAAUGACCCGACCAUUGAACGUAUCAUCACACCUCGUAUUGCUCUUACCACUGCUGAGUAUCUAGCAUACCAAUGUGAGAAACAUAUCCUUGUAAUUUUGACAGACAUGAGCUCCUAUGCUGAAGCUCUAAGAGAGGUCUCAGCUGCCAGAGAAGAGGUGCCAGGCCGUCGUGGUUUCCCAGGUUACAUGUACACUGACUUGGCUACAAUUUAUGAACGUGCCGGUCGUGUCGAAGGAAGGAGUGGUUCAAUUACCCAGAUUCCAAUUCUUACCAUGCCUAAUGAUGACAUUACCCAUCCCAUUCCUGAUUUGACUGGUUACAUCACAGAAGGUCAGAUGUAUGUGGACAGACAGUUGCAUAACAGACAGAUUUACCCACCAAUAAAUGUGUUGCCAUCCUUGUCCCGUUUGAUGAAAUCUGCCAUUGGUGAGGGUAUGACAAGGGAGGAUCAUGCUGAUGUGUCUAAUCAACUGUAUGCUUGCUAUGCUAUUGGUAAAGAUGUGCAAGCUAUGAAAGCUGUGGUUGGAGAGGAAGCCUUGACACCUGAAGAUUUGCUCUAUUUGGAAUUUUUGACUAAAUUUGAAAAGAAUUUCAUUACCCAAGGUCACUAUGAGAAACGAACAAUUUUCGAAUCUUUGGAUAUAGGCUGGCAACUUCUUCGUAUCUUCCCCAAGGAGAUGCUGAAGAGGAUUCCACAAGGCACACUGGCCAAAUAUUAUCCUAGAGCCUCAACACAACAAGUCACAGCUCAAACAUCUGGUAAAAAGGCAGAGACAACAGCGUUAUAAUUUUAUUGUUCCAUGUUUAAUGUACAGACACUGAUACUAUUAUCAUAGUUUUGACUUUAGUCCAGAGAAUUAGUCUUAUUGUCUAUUAGCAGUUUAUAUUAAUUUAUGGAUUUUUAACCUGUUUCCCCACUCCCCAUUUUAUCUUCUUCGCUGUUAGAAUCUAUUCUUACUUUUAGGUUUCCAUUAGUUGACAAUUUUUUUGUGAUAUUGUCUUACAAACUGUAGAUAGUGUUUGAUGUUCUGUGUAGCUAUUUGGGGUGGUUGUACAUUUGUGGCUCUUGAAAGUUUUUUUUCCCUGUCACUUAAGAUUCACUUUAGAAAUAAUUGUGAUAUAUAUAUAUAUACAUACAUUUUAUAUCUCUUUAUGAUGUGAUGGAAUGGAUGUUUGACAUUUGUGUGUUGGGAUUUGAUUCUACAUUCCGAAAACAAAAAGGUGCAGUGUUAUUGGAGCGCUGUUUGCACAGAAUGAGGCAUUGUCUUUUUUUUUUUUUUUAGAUGAUUUUUUUUCCUUUGCAUAAGUUAAGAGUUUUAGAAACAGCCUUUUGUUUCUCUUAGAAAUGCCAUCAGUACCUUUUUUUUUUUCAUUCAAUGCAGUAAAUCAUAAGAAGACUGCUUUUAUUUUAUAUUUAUUAUCAUCUUAAGACCUUGGUGUGUGUGAGUUGUGUAACAAUACAAUGUAGGGUAAGUGAGUAUGCAUUUAUUGUUCUAUUUAAAUGGUAUGAUUGGAAUAGAGUCUGUAAUCAAAGAAUAAACUAUUGCUGUAAUCAGG